UUUUGGGAGUAAGUUUUUUUCUGUAAGAUUUUUUGUUUUGGUUUAGGAGGGUGUGGGUUGGAGUGUAUAAGUCCCAUAAAAUUUUAUUUGAUUGAUUUAAGUACCUGUUGAAAACUAUUUUUAAUUAAUCAAUAACAAGAAGAUUGCCAUAGGUCCCAUGAAAUGCGGAACUGUCCAUACCUGGAAACGUCUUCAAGAUCCUAACGGAAACUUUAAAGCUUUUGGAUUCUGUGAAUUUGUUCACCCUGAUGGUACCAGAAGAGCUUUAAGAGUGCUUAAAGAUUAUCCUCUUGGCGAGAAACGUUUGAACGUUAAAGUUGACGACGCUACAGAAAAAUAUUUGAAAGAAUUUGCUGAAAAUCAAACACGUUUGCUUGGUAUGGACUCGGGUACGCCAAAAUCAAUAAAUCCUGAAGAAGACGAUAAACAGCUUAGAGCAGCAAUUAAAGCAAUCAUAGAGAAAAAAGCUCCAGGAAUUCUUGAAGUUAUGCCGGAAGAUGAUGCAAUAGGUUAG